AUGGCUUUUGCAGCUGACAGUCCGGCAAGUGGUCUGAAAAAGGCUAUGCCAGCGUUGAGCGGCGAAUGCUUGAAGGACACUGGUGUCACUGGACCCAAUGGGUGGCGUAAGCCGGCAGUGAAAGAAGAUGGGUCUGUCAGCAACAGCAGCAGCACGACCACGGGCUGUGAGCCCUCAGUGUGCGAGGAGAGCGAGGCAACGAAGGUGGCCCGGGACGGCAGUGGCAGCAGCUCGGGAUCACGCACGGAGACGGUGAAGGCUUACAAGGAAUCGACACAAGACGAGAGCAGCAGCUCGGCCUCCCGCAGUGAGCAAGCUCAGGAUGGGCAGGAUGGCGAUGCUCCAAAGCAGCUGAACUCUUUGAAGACGGCGUGGGGCCUGGUGUUUCGUGUGCCCCGGAGCUGA